AUGGCAGUUCCUGUGUUCUCGUGGAUAAAUUUGGCGCUCUACGUGCUCCAGCUCUUUGUUAACAAACUAUCGUCACGUCACAUUGGACCCGUGUCGCGGCACCACGAGACCCUCAUCACGCCAGCGCCCUAUGCCUUCAGCAUUUGGGGUUUGAUCUACAUGUUUUUGACCGCAACUGUCGUCGUGGAUUGCUUUUGGCCUUCUGUUUCCUUCUACUCGAAUCCUACAAACGCCAACGUCUUACGCUCACUUUUUGCCGUGUCGUGUAUCAUGAACAUGGCGUGGAUCGUCUUCUUCAGUAAUGAGUACGUGAACGUGGCUACGCUAACGAUCGUAGUGCUAUGGCUCUCGCUCUUUGUUCUUUACGCACACAUCGUGAUGGAGCGUCGCGAUACCAGCUUCGACUUGAAACGCUACGUGCUUAGUGAGCUGGGCAUUAUCAUGUAUUUUGCUUGGACUUGUGCCGCCACACUCAUCAGCUUUGCCGUUACGGCGCAGUACGUCAUCGAUGACUACCUGUCGUUCACGUCGUACGUGGUGCUGCUGUCAGUACUGGCGGUGUUCUCGCUGUCCGCAGUCAUCUACGAGAAUGACGUGGCCUUUGGUCUGGUGGCUAUCUGGGCGUUAAUCGGCCUUGCAGCCAAGAGCACGACGCUAGAGCAGCGCGUCGAGAUCAUUGCGAUGAACAUUCGUGCAUGCGCUACACAGAGCGCUGCCGUCAUUGCGGCUUUCAUCGUCAUCUCGAUCGCGCACAUGCUACUGGCUUCGAAGACGAAUUUUCAGCCCUUGCAAUCAGGUGCCCCACUCUACAGUGACAAGACGAUGCAGCACUUGGACUAUGGCACUACCAAGGUCUAA